UCAGUGUCAAGAUAAUAGACCAAAAAUGAAUGGCUUUCUUUCCAAGAGUGUCAGAAUAUCAAAAUAGUUGUCAGGAUAUCGAUCUUUUAAACAUCUAAAUAGAACAGUCGAACAGACCCGUCUACAUACAUUCUAAUUCGUCUUUCCAUAAAAUACAGUUUGUGAUUUCUAUUUAGAAUGUGCGUGUAUCUAGGAAAAUAUCGCAUAUAUUUGUCCUUUCAAUUUUGACCUUUACCACCGGAAAAAAAGUUUUUGUCAUGUUUAAUGUUCUGUUUGAAAUUUUGAAGUCAUGUUGUGUCGGAUUACCUAACACGACGUAAAUGUGUUCAUGUUUGUUUAUUUUCUUUCUUUCUACAUUACACAUAUUGUGAAUGUAAAUAUUCGUCUAUUUUUAUAAACCAAGGUCACUAUACUAAGGUCAAAACGAAGAUAAAAGGGAAAGGUCUCGUUCUGUAAUAAAAUUCUCUUUUUAUGCAUAACUAUGUAUACACUUGCCCCAUCUAAUGUUCAUGUUGCACUUCUCAGUAUGAAUCUAUAGUUUAGACGUGAAACUAAAUAAAACUUGCGUAUGAAAUUAUCUUGUAAAAAAAAUAUACGUGUAAACAUAAUAGUAGUCGUCUAGAUCGUGUCUAGGAAAUCCACCAAAAAGGGGCUGUUUCUGAGAAGCUUAUAGGGAAAUAUUCACGGCUAAAGUGUGAUCCGCCCUUGCAAACGUUGCGACAGCCGAAUACAAAAUCCCAGAUCUAGCUACAGUUAUAAUGACCCUUUGAUUAUACACAUUUACCUUUCUGUUUGUUGUUUUGUGUGCGCUAUUUAUAGAACUAUAUAAGGUCAUGCUUAUUAAAUUAAAAGAGUCUGGCAACAUACGAUACAAAAGGUACAAUAAGGAUUUUUCUGCCUGGUCACAUUUACUUGUGAAAUACAAUCCGUAUUUUUGACAGAAUUUAUAUAGGUAUAUAAUAAACAUAUUAGCAUACUAACUGCUAACAUGAAAUUUCGUAUCAUCUCUUUCUAAUGAAAAUGUCUUGUUGACGUUUAACUUAUUUAAACAGAGUUAUACUAACAUCACUUUACAAUAGUUUAUCAAACUUUAAGUUUACGUCAGUAACUUGAAAACAGAUUUGCGGACUUCUUAAUAUAUGAAUUUAAUUAAAGUCCUUGUCAGUAAUUUAAGUUAGAAUUUUAAGAUAAACCAUUUGUUUUCAAUUUUUGGAUAUUCAAUGAAAACAUUUAGUUACAAUUAGAUAAAGCACACUUGACUGAAUCAUACUGAAAGUCCUAAUUAACUGCUAUAUAAGUAUGAUCUUAAUUUAGUUCUACAGAGUUGAUAAACCUUAGCGUCAUUUAUCCGGAUAACGUAGAAUAAAUCCCAGACUCGACAAACGGAAAUGAAAUUCAUUUCAUGAAUUAAUGAUAACCCAUGAGUAUAUUUCUGAAAAUGUUAACGUUUCUAUCUUUCUAAAGGUAAAAUAUGAGAAUUAAACGUUUGGCACGUGAAGUUUUUUCCAAAUAAUGUCUUAAAGUCAGCUUGAAAUGUGAGGAUCUUUUUAUCUGUGGGCAAAUAUCUCAAAGACAAACAUACUUCAGAUUUCACGAUAUUAUGGACCAUAUGUUUAUUUUAGACUGUGAGUAGUUUCAUCAAUAUCCACAGUAAAAAAAAUUCUAACGUUUCUAAUAUUUAACCAAAAUGUUAACAAAAUUAUGAUUUUCCCAUAGACUUCCAUUAUGGAAAUAUAUGGGGUCAAAUAUUUUUAUUCAGUUUAGCCAAAAAUUGAUGAAUUUUCGAAUUAUAUUCGGUAGAUUUUAAAACCAGGGAAUAAUCAAAGUUUACGUUGUAGACAAUAUUUUGAUCCGAACGUGCAGAACUACCUCAAUGCCAAGUAGGCCUUCAGAUCUACAGAUUACUCUGACCUUUUUUUUAAAUUUAUCUCUUAAUGUCACGAAAGACAUAUCAAUUCAACAUUUCAUACUUCAAAGUAACAGAAAAAGGGAAUGUUAAAGUCUUAAUAAGACUGUGUUCCUUCUUUAUGUAUGUAUUAUGACUAGGUGUUACAUCUUUUAAAAUGAGUUCAGGUCCAAGUUCUAUGGAAAUACGACAGGCAGCAGCUAGUGAUAAGGAAUCUGUUAUCUGUAUCCAUGGAAACGUAUAUGACGGGUUAGACUACAUUGCUGAGUAUUUCGACGACUUUCUUGCAUGUCCUCUUACUACACCAUACGUUGCUGUCGUCCAGAACAAAAUCGUUGGCUUUAUUGCAACGUUUAUUGUUGACCAAGGCAAGACAGUAAUAACACGUGCUGGAAGACUGAGUGCGAGUGUUGGUGGGCAGGGUUUGUACAAGCAGUUUCAAGCCCACGUGCUUAAAAUGUCGGGGACAUCAAGGCAUGCGUUCACUGCUUUGAACACAAAUCCCGCCGCUAACAAGGAGACAUUUAGAGCUGUAAACAAGCUCAUACUGUCUAAGCCUCUCACUAGAUUCCUGUUUGACGCUCAUGUUUUGCAAUCUCUGGAAGAAUCUAGAAAGAAAACAUUGAAUAACCCGUCGGAUGAAGACAUCAAACAUUUCUUUUCCAGUCCUGCUAUUAGAAAAUACUUAUUUCCAAAGGAAAGGAUCAUUGUAGAUUGGGUGCCCUAUAGACUAACGGAAGCUAAUAUUUCAUUACUUUGUUGGUCUGGCAAAAGGACGAAGGUCUUUUCUGACAUUUCAGUCGAUACUGAUGGAAGUGUCAGGGGCCUCUUGACUUUUUCAACGAUCAUACCUGUCAAGAGACCGGCAUACAAUUGUAACUUCGACAUUUAUGGUACAGAUACCGCGACAUUAAAGGAUCAUGUGAUUUCUCAUAUGCGAUACAUACGAGUUAAGACAAUCGACAGUACUAGUCUUCUAGUUUUGGUGGAGCCAGAUUUUAAUAUACAUGCUUUGGAAGAUGUGUUUAGAGAAAUCGGGAUGCAGAGAAGUGAAUGGCGCGAUUCUGAAAAUCCUGACAAUAUUUACUCUUAUCAGUUACUGUUUGAAAAGGAAAUAUGAAUAUUCAAUAUUGAAACAUGUGACUUCUGAUUCAUUCUGUGAUCUUCAAUAUGUAGAGAACUAUCAAAUAACGCACAGUAACUGUAAUAAGUGAAUGUACAAAAUAAAUAUAUCAACUCAACAACUAUUGAACGUUUCACCAUUUUUGCAAAAAUACAAAUCCAAUACUGCGGAUCAGAAAUUUGCAGCUUAUUUAAAACCUUGUGUAAGCUGUAUUGUAUAACGUAUGGCUCUGUCUAUAGUGCAGUUAUUAUCAUUAUAUUUUAUUUGUUGUUAUUAUUAUUGUUAUUGUAAACAAGAAGAAAAUUUUAACGAAGCAGUUUACUUGUGUGUUGGUAAUACCUCCGUGUGUUCGACAUACAUAUAGCAUCCACAUGUACUUUAAACGCAACCCAGUUCAAAUUAAAAUUACCUAACGCGA